AGCCCGGGCGAGUACUGAAGUCACCUCAGCAGCGCCAGCCAGCCAGCCGCGUCGCAGCCAUGAAGUUCCUGAUCGUCCUCGCAGCAGUCGUGGCCCUGAGCGCGGCCCGCCCCGGCUACCUGGGUCUCCCCGGGUACGGCGGCUACGGCGGCUACGGCGCCUACCCCUACUUCGGCGGCGCCUACCCCUACCUGGGCAUCCCCGCCCUGGCCGGCGUGCCGACGCCCCUGGUGGCCCCCGAGCCCGUCAAGGACACCCCUGAGGUGGCGGCCGCCAAGGCCGAGCACCUGGAGGCCGUGGCCAAGGCCGCCGCCGCCGCCGCCGUGGAGGAGGAGGAGCCCGUGGCCGCCCCCCUGGCCGCCCCCGAGCCCGUCAAGGACACCCCCGAGGUGGCCAAGGCUAGGGCCGAGCACCUCGCCGCCUACGAGAAGGCCGCCGUCGCCGCCGCACUCGCCCCCGAGCUGCCCGUCUACCCCGGCCUCGCCUACCCCUACGGCUACCCCCACGGCUACCCCUACGGCUACCCCUCCGUGGCUGCCGCCCCCUUCGCGCCCUACGGCCUGCCCGUCGGCCUGUGAGCGUGACGUCGCUGCUCCGCCCCCCACCCCCACCCUAGUCAGCGCCGAGACGUAGACCUGCCUCUGGGCUGGUGACGUCGAUCGACGGCGCUCGUAGUCAACUUCAUACGACAAAAAAAAAUCGAAACACUAUUAAAAUCAA